AUGUCUUCUUCACAAAGAUUCGUUGAAGAUCCUGUGCGACUUGUUCGUGAGUGGAACUUGGCGCAGCUUCAAUUGCAGCCAGGCCUACGAUUGGAUGAAAAGUUUUCUGUCCUUCACAAGCCAGACCUUGGUCAAAAGGGCCGGGUGACAGUAGUAAGCGGAGGAGGUAGUGGGCACGAGCCUGCUCAUUCGGGCUAUGUCGGAGAAGGCAUGCUUGAUGUUUCUGUCACUGGAGCUGUAUUUGCCUCCCCAAACGUGCGACAAGUCCAGCGCGGACUUGAGCUGGCUGCCUGUCCCAAAGGCACAAUUUUGAUUGUCAAAAACUACACAGGCGAUAAGCUGAACUUUGCACUCGCCGCUGAACAGUUCAAAGCCUCUACGGGAAACGAUGUUAGGAUGGUGCUGGUGAGCGACGAUGUCGCGGUGGGCCGGACACGCGGCAAAUUCGUCGGCCGUCGUGGACUUGCGGGCACAGCUAUUAUGCACAAAAUUGCCGGUGCCGCAGCUGAAAGAGGAUUUGAACUGGAUGGCAUCGUUCGGCUCUGUGACGAGAUCAUUUCGCCAAACAUGGGUACCAUCGGUGUCUCCCUUGCGCCCUGUGUCAUUCCUGGUCAGUCUGCAGACUUCACUGACCAGUCGAAUGAUAUCAAACUGGGAAUGGGUAUUCACAAUGAGCCGGCUAUUGGCAGUUUACCCCAAAGCACCUCUAUGGAGGAAGUCAUCAGACGGAUGCUUGAUCUUUUGCUGAACCCAAACGAUGAGGAACAUGCAUUCUUGGGUGUGAAUUCUGCACACCCCAGCCGCCGAGUUGUCUGCUUGAUCAAUAAUCUUGGAGGCUUGUCGUCUCUCGAAACUGGCGCUUUGACUUCUAUGGUGACCUAUCAGCUCAAGAGCACAUACAGUAUUGUUCCCUGUCGCACAUUCUCUGGCACAUUCCUUUCUGCCCUUGAUGGACGAGGGUUCAGUAUCACCAUACUCAGUCUCGAUGAAUCGGAAGACGCCUCGAUGAUAUUGAACCUACUUGAUGAGCCUACAACGGCAAUAGGUUGGAGCCCCUCGAUUCCCUCCAGUCAAUGGACUCGCCAAUCGAGCUCUAUUACAAAGUCGGUCGGUACACUUAACGGGGUUGAGCGGCAAAUCGAGCUCUCAGUUCCUUGUAACCCGAAUCUGUUCACAAAAAUAAUAGAUGGCAUAUUCCAUGAAGUCAAAGUUCAGGAGCCGACAAUUACGCAAUAUGAUAUCGUGCUUGGAGAUGGCGACUGUGGAACCACUCUUCUCACGGGAGCAUCGGCCGUGAGAAGUGCUUUAUUCGAAGGGAACAUCAACCCUGCUGACCUCUCGCACGGGAUGCUGGUGCUUGUCGAGGUUGUCACGAAUGCGAUGGGUGGUACUUCAGGUGCCAUCUACGGGAUUUUCUUGGCAGCAUUUGCCGCAGUUUUAAGCAGGUCUUUUGUUGAGAGUGAGGGAAUUACGGUGCAGUACUUCUCGCGUGCUCUCAGUCAGGCUUUGGAAUCCCUGAUGCGAUUUACCGGUGCCCGGAUUGGUGACCGUACGCUGAUGGAUGCACUUAUUCCGUUCGUCGAAGAGUUUGAACGCUCUGCAGAGUCAAUGAGCGGUAUCCCGGCCAUGAAAGCAGCCAUGGCAGCAGCAGUUGCUGGUUGCGAGGCUACACGGCAUUUCGAGGCGAGGUACGGACGCUCUACUUACGUGAACAAGGGACAAGGAGUGGGAAAUGGCAAUGGAGAGACAAGUUGCCUUCCUGACCCGGGUGCCUGCGGUAUCAUUGCGGUGCUUAAUGGAGUUAUGAAGGCAAUGGAUUCUUGA